AUGUCAGCCAAAGCAAUAAGUGAAGCAACCGGAAAAGAUAUCAUAAACAGAAAUUUAGCUCCAUUAACAUCUGCAGUGAAAUGCCGGUUUGCUUCAGUUAAUGAAAACACAAAAUGGGAAGACCUCGUGCUGGAUAACCCAUGGCUGAAAGCUGAAAGCUUAGUUGCAAAACCUGAUCAAUUGAUCAAACGUCGUGGUAAAUUAGGCUUGAUCAAAGUAAAAACUGACUAUUCUGGAGCUAAACAAUGGAUUCUAGAGCGUUUGGGAAAAGACCAACAAAUUGGUCGAGCCAAUGGAAAAUUGAAAAAUUUUAUCAUCGAACCAUUCAUUCCUCACAAAGAUGAAGAAGAAGCAUAUGUAUGCAUCUACUCUCAUCGUCAUGCUGAUACAAUUCUCUUCCAUCAUGAGGGAGGUGUAGACAUUGGAGAUGUUGAUGCUAAAGCAUUAAAACUUGAAGUACCAAUUGGACAAAGUGUAACUGAGGAACAAAUCUUGGAAAAGCUAUUGACCAAAGUCAGCCCAGCCAAACAAAAGACCAUUGCAACAUUUAUAGUUGCUUUAUACAAAAUGUAUGUUAACCUGUACUUCACAUAUUUGGAAAUCAACCCAUUAGUUGUAACAGAUAGUGCUAUAUACAUCUUGGAUUUGGCUGCAAAAAUUGAUUCUACUGCUGAUUUUAUUUGUCGUGCAUCUUGGGGUGAAAUUGAAUACCCGCCACCAUUUGGACGUGAUGCUUUCCCAGAAGAAGCAUACAUUGCAGAUUUAGAUGCUAAAAGUGGAGCUUCACUUAAAUUAACAAUUUUAAACAAAAAAGGACGUAUUUGGACAAUGGUUGCUGGCGGUGGUGCCUCUGUUAUUUAUGCUGAUACCAUUUGUGAUUAUGGUGGUGCUAGCGAAUUAGCCAAUUAUGGAGAAUACAGUGGUGCUCCAUCAGAACAACAAACUUAUGAAUAUGCCAAAACCAUUUUGAGUUUAAUGACUCAAGAAAAACAUCCCGAUGGCAAAGUUUUAAUUACUGGAGGUGGUAUUGCCAAUUUCACCAAUGUAGCAGCAACAUUCAAAGGUAUUGUCACAGCUUUGACAGAAUACCAGACUAAAAUUUUAGAUCACAAUAUCACAAUAUACGUUCGUCGUGCUGGUCCCAAUUACCAAGAAGGUCUUAGAAUUAUAAGGGAAGUAGGAAAGACUUUGCGUAUUCCCAUUUAUGUAUUUGGACCAGAAACCCACAUGACAGCAAUUGUUGGGUACGCUCUGGGUAAAAAACCAAUACCAAAAGAAACUGAACAAGAGUCUGUAACAGCCAAUUUUCUCUUGCCUGGUGGACAGGACUCUAAUUCUGUGAAUGCACAACAAGAAGUUGUUGAUGGUUCUAAAGGUGGUGCGACAAGUCCAACAGUAACAUCAACUGUACGACCUAAGAUAACUUCAACAGCCCCAUCCGUUAAACCUUUGUUUGGAAGCAAUACUAGAGCUAUUGUUUGGGGAAUGCAAACUAGAGCUGUACAGAGUAUGCUUGAUUUUGAUUUUGUUUGCCGAAGACAUGAACCAUCUGUUGCAUGCCUUGUAUAUCCAUUCACUGGUGAUCAUAAAUUGAAAUUUUACUGGGGUCAUAAAGAAGUUUUAAUUCCUGUGUACAAAAGAAUGGAAGAUGCCAUGUUGAAGCAUCAAAAUGCUGAUGUCUUAGUAAACUUUGCAUCUUUGCGAUCUGCUUAUGACAGUACAAUUGAAACUCUUAAUUAUCCUCAAAUCAGAACUAUUGCUAUUAUUGCUGAGGGCAUUCCUGAAAAUAUGACAAGAAAAUUAAUAUUGUUGGCUAAUGAAAAGAAAGUUACGGUUAUUGGACCUGCCACUGUUGGUGGAUUAAAACCGGGUGGUUUUAAGAUUGGUAACACUGGUGGUAUGAUGGACAAUAUUUUACAUUCCAAAUUAUAUAGAGCAGGAAGUGUUGCAUAUGUUUCUCGAUCUGGUGGUAUGUCUAAUGAGUUAAAUAAUAUAAUCUCGAGAACAACUGAUGGUGUUUAUGAAGGAGUAGCUAUUGGCGGUGACCGUUAUCCAGGCACUACAUUUAUGGAUCACAUCAUGAGAUACCAAGCAGACCCAGAAAUUAAAAUGAUAGUACUUUUGGGUGAAGUUGGAGGAACUGAAGAAUAUGAGGUUUGUGAAGCCUUAACUCAAAAGAAAAUCACAAAACCACUCGUCGCCUGGUGUAUUGGAACUUGUGCCAGUAUGUUUACGUCUGAGGUUCAGUUUGGUCAUGCUGGUUCAUGUGCCAACUCAGAUCAAGAAACUGCUACUACCAAAAAUGCUAGCCUUCGAGAGGCUGGUGCGUUUGUACCAACUUCAUUUGACUUUUUGGGUGAUAUUAUUCAUGAUGUUUACAAGAAAUUGGUGAAAGAAGGCGUUAUCAUUCCUCAAGCUGAAUUACCACCACCAACUGUUCCCAUGGACUACUCUUGGGCACGUGAACUUGGCCUUAUCCGUAAACCAGCUUCAUUUAUGACUAGUAUUUGUGAUGAACGUGGACAAGAGUUAUUGUAUGCUGGUAUGCCAAUCAGUGAUGUUCUAAAGGCAGAUAUGGGUAUUGGAGGAGUUAUAUCGCUUUUGUGGUUCCAACGUUCUUUGCCACCAUAUGUGUGCAAAUUCUUUGAAAUGUGUCUUAUGGUAACUGCUGAUCACGGACCUGCUGUAUCUGGCGCACACAAUACUAUUGUCUGUGCAAGAGCUGGUAAAGAUUUAGUUUCAUCUCUGGUUUCUGGUUUGUUGACAAUUGGAGACAGAUUUGGUGGUGCAUUGGAUGGAGCAGCUAAACAAUUUACUGAAGCAUAUGACUCUGGAUUGAUUCCAAUGGAGUUUGUGAACCAAAUGCGUAAAAAGGGAUCACUCAUCAUGGGAAUUGGUCAUCGUGUAAAAUCUAUCAACAAUCCUGACAUGAGAGUUAAGAUCAUAAAAGAAUUUGUUUUGGAAAACUUUCCAGCCACACCAUUAUUGAACUAUGCUUUAGAAGUUGAAAAAAUUACCACAUCUAAAAAGCCCAAUCUUAUAUUAAAUGUUGAUGGAUGUAUAGCUGUAUCAUUCUGUGACUUGUUGAGACAUAGUGGAAGUUUCACACGUGAAGAAGCCCAAGAGUACAUUGAUAUGGGCUCAAUUAACAGUUUGUUUGUACUUGGAAGAAGUAUUGGAUUUAUUGGACAUUUUAUGGAUCAAAAGAGAUUAAAACAAGGACUUUAUCGUCAUCCAUGGGACGACAUCUCUUAUGUCUUACCAGAACAAUAUAACUAG